GACCAAAACAGUCGCGGUGAAUGUGGUGACAGUGGAGGUGCUUUGGGACGUGCACUGUUUUCUAGCACGAGGAAAUCAAGAAGCUUUUCUACCUUUCUAACGGGGAUUUUGAUGUUUUAUUCGUUAUUAAUUCGGUAUUUUAUUCCGAGAUUAAAGAGAACAUCAUGGUGAGGAGGAUGAACUGUUUAACGGAAUAGCAGAGGCAGAAAUAGCAGGCUUAUGCGCGAGCUGAGACACUAUGACUGAUCACUAUGAGAAGCCCAACGUGCACGAGCAGAUGGAGGCGCGCGCUACCGGGCAUUUGCCGGCGUGUUCACCGGCAUCCGGUUCUCGUGCUCCAGAAACCACCGGCACGUCCGAAAAGAGCUGUGGAAAAGUUAAGGGCAAACCAAUAACCGGAAUCGUGAAGCGAGGCCCCGAUCUGGUGGCUCGGAGCAAGGCGCGCGCAUGCGCUCCCGGCGCCGCCAAGGGCGCACGACGGCACGCGCUGACCCCCGCCGGAAGUCCGUGCAAAGCCGCGGAGGAUGAGGACGCGACCAGAGGUGCAAGAAAUCCACGAUCGGUCACGGUGGACACGUCCAAAGCCAAAACGUCCCUGGAGGCGCUCAAGCUCAGCAUCAGACAACUCAAAUGGAAAGAGUUUCCAACAGGCAGACGGACUGCAUGUGAUAUUUACUGGCAUGGUGUCUCCUUUCAUGAUCAUGAGAAUAUUGUUUCAGGGCAGGUCAACAAAUUCCCAGGAAUGGUAGAGAUGUUGCACAAGAUCAACCUAAGUCGUGCCGUACGCACCAUGCAGCAGCUUUUCCCGGAAGAGUACAACUUUUACCCUCGCUCAUGGAUCCUGCCUGAGGAGUAUCAGCUGUUCUCCACUGAGAUUCGGCUGUUGAAAGACAGCGACUCCAGCCUGAAACCCACAUUCAUUGUCAAACCCAACUCCGGCUCCCAAGGCGACGGCAUCUACCUCAUCCGUGACCCUGCUGACCUCCGGGCCAUCUCAGGAUCACAAGUCAAGCAGGCGGUGGUUCAAGAGUACAUUCAGAAACCGCUCCUCAUCGACAAGCUCAAGUUUGACAUUCGCCUUUACGUUCUUGUACGUUCUCUGGACCCUUUAGAAAUCUACAUCGCUAAAGAAGGCCUUUCUAGAUUUUGCACAGAACUGUACCAGGAACCGAGCCAGAAAAACCUCAAUCAUGUGUUCAUGCAUUUGACGAACUACUCGCUGAACAUUCAAAGUGGCAAUUUUGUGCACUCGGACAGCUGCAGCACAGGGAGCAAGCGCACGUUUUCCAGUGUCCUUUAUCGUCUCGCCUCUAAAGGAGUUGACAUUAAGAAGCUUUGGUCAGAUAUCAUAGCGCUGGUUAUCAAGACAGUUAUUGCACUUGUACCUGAAUUGAAGGUCUAUUAUCAAGCUGAUAUACCACCAGGCAAACCAGGACCUACUUGUUUUCAGAUCCUGGGCUUUGACAUCCUGUUGAUGAAGAACUUAAAGCCUGUUCUCCUGGAGGUCAACGCCAAUCCGAGCAUGAGGAUUGAACAUGAACAAGAGGUAUCGCCUGGUGUUUUUGAGUAUGUACCUAGUCCAGUGGACGAGGAAGUCAAAGUAGGUGUCAUCAGGGAUACACUCCGCCUUAUGGAUCCAGCCCAGAGGAAGCCAACCACAACUUCAGAAGAAGCCAUCAUCGUGGAAGCCGGAUCGGAUGAAAAGGCAGAGCUUGUCGAUUCACUUCCGUCUCUGUGUCUCAAACAAGUCUUUCCGAAGUACAUGAAGCAGUUCAACUAUUUGCGAAUAUUAGAGCGAAUCGCAGACAUUUUCUUGCGCUUCCUUGGGGUCAAAGGAACCAUGAAACUCGGCCCGACCAGCUUCCGCACUUUCAUCAGGAAUUGCAAGCUGAGUAACAGCAGUUUCACCAUGGCCUCAGUGGACAUCUUGUACAUCGACAUCACUCGCCGCUGGGCUGGUGCACUUUCUGACUCCAGAGAAGCUGGAAUGGGACUGCAGGCCUUCGUGGAGGCGUUUUUUUUCUUAGCCUCACGCAGGUUUAAAGCAUCACCGCUGAAGGAACAAGUGCUCUCGCUGCUGGAGCUGUGUGAAACCACGCUCGAGGGGGAGGGACAAGCCGAGAAGCCACGCCCUUCGAAACCCCACCCCGGUUUCAAUUCUGCUCACGUUCCAAGCGCGUUCAAUUCCCCUGCCAGCACUCGCCGUCGUCAGGCGCUGCAGCCUUCUGGGAAAGGGAACGUAGAGACCUGGGAGGCUGACCCACGCACCGCUACUUAAAACAGGAAGCAAUAAUAGAGGGGAAAAAUUCAGAGGGCCGGCGCUGUCUCUUUGUGGAAGAUAUUUCAUUAAUAUUUUAUGCAUGGCAUUAUUCAAAAAUCACAGUGCCCUCAACUAAUAUUGGCCGCCUUAUUAAAUAUGAGCAAAGACGCCUGUGAAAAUCUUGAUCCGCUCAUGGAUACCAAGCAAUUGCAAACAUAACACCUAUCUUUGUUUAAUAUUUGUGUGCCACAAUUAUUGCCACCUUGAAUUCGAUUAUGUAGAAAAUAUCUAAAGUAUAAUCCCAUUGAUAUUUUACAUUUGAUUUGUACAACUAGAUAGCAAGGAAUAAAGCUGUGAUGUGUGACAGGUUUUGACCAAAUGGAAAAGUAACCAUAAGAAGAUGUCAGAAGCAUUGAAAACAGCCAUUUACCACCAUCAGAGCAAAUUAAGAAGUUGGAUUGUACUGGAAAUGAUACGAAGCAAGCUGAAAAGAACACGUGUCUGUAUUAUCUCAACACCCUGUGAAGAAAUCUGCAAAGAACUGCUGACGUUGAGUCGGAAAGCCUCCAUAACUACAAUGUCAAGUCUAGUUUAUUUCUCUAUUUCUCUAUUUUCACAACAGACAUUGUGUCAAAGCAGCUUUACAGAAUUUAAGAGUUAAUGUGAAUGGUCUGUAUUUAUCCCUAAUGAGCAGCCAUGGCAACUGUGGCAAGG